AUACUAAAAUCUUAUUCAAAAUCAUUAAAGAAACAACAAAUGUUACCUACACGAUUCUCUGCUAUAAAAGGGUGAAGGAAUCAAUUCAGUCUGCCAUAGUCUGAGUUUUACUCUUCAUAUAUUCCCUUCAUUCUCCUCCUAGCUAGCUCCAAUUUUAUCCUCUUUUGUGCCUCAGUUAUCACAAAAAAAUAAAAAAAUAAAAUAAAAGAAGAGGGUAAAGUAUGACGCUUCCACAGACACAACAAGAAACAAAAGCUGUUGCAGAUGCCUGGGAUUACAAAGGGCAACCUGCCCUUAAAUCAACCUCUGGUGGUUGGUCCGGAGCUGCCAUGAUUUUAGGGGUUGAGGCUGUGGAGAGGCUAGUAACACUAGGCAUUGCUGUGAACUUGGUGGUGUACUUGACUAGAACAAUGCAUUUAGGAAAUGCUAGCGCCGCGAAUAUUGUUACUAACUUUAUGGGAACUUCAUACAUCCUCACUUUGCUUGGUGGCUACGUUGCUGACACUUUCCUCGGAAGGUAUCUUACCGUUGGUAUCGGAGCCACUGUUCAAGCAAUAGGUGUGACAAUUUUGACAUUCUCGACCAUAGUACCAAGCCUACAACCUCCAAAGUGUGAUCUCGGAAGCGCAUCAUGUAUCCCCGCAAAUGGCAAACAGCUAGCCGUGCUUUUCACGGCCCUCUACAUGACGGCCCUAGGCACUGCAUUCCUGAAAUCCAGUGUCUCGGGCUUUGGAACGGACCAAUUUGAUGAGUCCGACCCAAAGGAAAAAGGGCGAAUGAUAAAAUUCUUCAGUUGGUUUUUUUUCCUGAUCAAUGUUGGAGCGCUUACUGCUGUGACAAUACUCGUCUACAUUCAGGAUAAAGUAGGGAGGAAAUUCGGGUAUGGUAUUUGCGCGUGCGCGAUCGUGGUAGGACUCGUGGUUUUCUUGUCCGGUACGAAGAAGUACCGGUUCAAGAAACUUGUUGGGAAUCCGUUGGCGCAGUUUGCUUCGGUUUUUGUUGCUGCUUGGAGGAAGAGGCAUAUGAAAUUGCCAUCUGAUGCUUCUGUUUUGUUCAAUGUUGAUGAUAUUAUUGGUGAUGAAAACGUUAAGGAUAAACAAAAGUUGCCUCAUAGCAAGGAGUUCCGUUUCUUGGACAAAGCUGCUAUUAAAGAUUCUUCCACUGAAUUUUCUGGGACAGCAAUAUUGAAUAACUGGAAUCUAGCAACUUUAACUGAUGUUGAAGAAGUUAAAUUGGUUAUUAGAAUGUUACCAACAUGGGGCACGACAAUUAUGUUUUGGACUGUCUAUGCUCAAAUGACAACAUUUUCUGUGUCACAAGCUACUACGAUGGACCGUCACAUCGGCAAAUCCUUCGAAAUUCCUCCGGCCUCACUCACUGCCUUUUUUGUUGCAAGUGUCAUGUUGGUUAUCGUGUUCUACGAUAGGAUUAUUGUGCCCUUAUGUGCCCGAUACCUUAACAAUCCACAUGGUUUCACCCCAUUGCAACGUAUUGCAAUAGGUCUAGUCAUGUCAAUUUUCGCGAUGAUUGCUGCAGCUUUAACGGAGAUAAGAAGAUUGAACGUUGCCCAAUCGCACGGAUUGACAAACAAUCCGAACGCAGUAAUUCCCAUGAGUGUUUUUUGGUUGGUUCCACAAUUUUUGCUAGUUGGAGGAGGUGAAGCUCUAACAUACAUUGGACAACUUGAUUUUUUCUUAAGGGAGUGUCCUAAAGGGAUGAAGACUAUGAGUACAGGGUUAUUCAUAAGCACAAUUUCGUUAGGAUUUUUCUUUAGUUCGAUUUUGGUCUCGAUUGUGGACAAGGUGACCACGAAAACAAGGCCGUGGCUAGCUGAUAAUCUUAACCAAGGAAAGCUAUAUGAUUUCUACUGGCUAUUGGCAAUCUUGAGUGUACUGAACAUGAUACUUUUCUUCUAUUGUGCAAAACGUUAUGUGUACAAGGAGAAAAGGCUAGCUGAAGCAGGGAUUCAAAUGGAGGACUCCGGCCCAGUUUGCCAUUAAGUAAUUAGAAAAGAAAGCUAGCCAUGCCAGUACUUCAUUAGCACAGCCAGCUUGCUCUUUUAAUUUCUUCUUUGUUGUUUUGUUUUAUUUUUUUUUUGUUGGGGUUUUAUUUUAGUGGCAAAUGUACCAUAGAAGUUGUGGUUCCAAAGGACCCAUUGUCUUCGGCUCAGGCCUAUUAUGUUUUGUAUGUAGAAAUUGCAGGUCGAAAAUAAUGUACUAUAUAUGAAACAUAACUGCUUCAAAGAAGCAGUGGUUUGGUAGCACUAAA